CUUGGCUGAUUAAGCGAUGUAAAGCGUAUUUAAUCUCCAUACCUUCGUUUUAUUUGCUUUUUUCAUUUUAAAUUUGCUUUAACCCUAACCCUAGGGUUAGGGUUAGGGUUAAUUGUUUCAGAAUCGUUUGUUUAUGUAGUCGGCACUUAAUGUAUAUCGGCUGAAUGGACGUCAGUGAUUGGUUGAAAUUACAGAAAUACGACAACUUUAACAUGGAAUAAUUUAUGGAUUUCUUUUUUUUUUUAAGAAGACUAAGAGAAAAAGAUGUUUUAUAUGACACAUUCUACCAGUGUUCCAAGUUUCAAAGUGUUUCGUUAAUGAAAAAUGUGGCCCCCGUUUUAAAAAAGAUCCAGUGUUUGUGAUACAGCUAAUUUGAGAUUUUUGAAUUCUGCAUGCAAAAACGUAUAAGAUACAGUGGGCUAUUACAUAUGGAUAGUCAAAUUACCAUUGAGGGUCGUAUGAUUGACCUUAUUGAUGAGAAAUGGCGAGAAGAUAAACUGCCAAUGGAAGAUGUGGCUGUACCCCAGAUGGAGCUCCCUGAAUUGGAACCUGACAAUGGUCCCACUAUUGAGACUCUGCAUGAACAAGAGCAGAAAUGGUCUGACUUGAGUUUACAUACAUUUAAUCCUUUACCAAUGAGUGGGGGAGACAAGUAAUCUGUUAAAUUACGUAGUUCACUUGUAUAUAUUUAAAAAAAAUUUGACUUGGUUUGAAUUUCUUUUCAAAUUUUUCUUUAACCUAUUUGAGAACAUGCAUACAACAUUGUAUUCACCAGGUCUGUCAUCAAUUUGAAAAAAAAUGUAAAUAAAUUUUUGAAUACCUAUAA